AAAGAUGUGGCGCACAGUAGACAGCACCCACCUCACCCUCAAAACCUUGCGCCUUCGUUCCUUCAUCUUCUCUUCUUCUUCUUCUUCUUCUUCUUCCUCUUUUUCAGUUUCAAACACAAACAUUUGUUAUUCUUCAUCUUUGAGUUUGAGUUUGAGAACAAUCAUCACUUACUCACACUCUUUUCUUCCCAUUCCCUCAACAACCCAUGUUUCCUUCACUGUUCCCCCCCACCAUUUUGUGUCCAAUUUUGGUUCCUGCGUCACGCGCUGCGUUUCUUCACUUCCCAAUCCCACCCUAGACUGGAACGACGCCGUUUCAUGCUCGGAGGUUAAUGCUGAGGUCAAUGAUGGAACCCUCGACCAAGAUACAAAGCCUUCCAUUCCUGUUAGAGCCUUCUUCUUCUCUACAAGUGUUGAUUUGAAAAGCUUGAUGGAACAGAACAAACUGAACUUUGUCCCACCAUCGUCACGAAUGACUAAUUAUGUUGUUCUCAAGUUUGGCGAUGUUUGCGAUUCCAAGGGUCUUGGUACAUGUUUCUUGAAUGGAAGAAAUGGCUGUUACAUGGUUGUUUUUCAAUAUGGCUCCAUUGUAUUGUUUAAUGUCCAUGAGCAUGAGGUUGAUGGCUAUCUGAAAAUUGUAAAGAAGCAUGCAUCUGGUUUGCUUCCUGAAAUGAGAAAGGAUGAGUAUGAAGUUAGAGAAAAACCAGCUUUAAGCACAUGGAUGCAAAGUGGACUAGAUUAUAUAAUGUUACAAUACUUGAACAUUGAUGGAAUUCGAACUAUUGGUAGUGUUCUGGGUCAAAGUAUUGCUCUUGAUUACUAUGGCCGACAGGUUGAUGGAAUGGUUGCAGAAUUUACAGACAUAAACCGUGAGAUGGAAGCCACUGGAAAAUUCAGAAUGCAAAGGAAAAAACUUUUCCAGUUGGUGGGCAAGGCAAAUUCAAAUCUUGCUGAUGUAAUUCUAAAGCUUGGACUUUUUGAGAGAUCAGAUAUUGCUUGGAAGGAUGCCAAAUAUGCUCAGAUAUGGGAGUAUCUCAGGGAUGAAUUUGAAUUAACUCAGAGAUUUGCAAGUCUUGAUUUCAAGUUGAAAUUUGUGGAGCACAAUAUCCGCUUUCUACAAGAAAUUCUUCAAAAUAGGAAAUCCGAUUUUCUAGAGUGGCUCAUUAUUGCAUUGAUUGGUGCUGAAAUCCUUCUGUCUCUCUAUGAUAUUGUUCAACGGUCUGCCAUGAAACUUUAGCAGUGGCGCGUAGCAUGCUUUUUGAAGGGGUGCUGGAUGAUAACAGUUGGCGCUACUCAUUUUAAGAUAUUGGUGGCUCAUGCUAUUACGUUCUAUCUAUUGUAAAUAACAAUUUGAAACCGUUUAACUCAAUUAUUUACUAAUCAGUUUGUAUAACUUAAAAUUUAAUGUGUAGAAUAUCACCGAAAACUAUACCUGCAUGUUUU